AUCGGGGUGGGCGUGGCUUCGCCAUUGCAGCGCUGGGAGUCGCGGAGGCCGUAUCGUACACAGUGGGGGAUCAGUAGUACAUACAGCGAGACACCCCGGAUACGGUGUCGGCGAUGUCCGGACGUGGGAAGUCUGGCGGAAAGGCCCGGGCCAAGGCCAAGUCCCGCUCCUCCCGGGCCGGCCUGCAGUUCCCCGUCGGCCGCGUCCACCGGCUGCUCCGGAAGGGGAAUUACGCCGAGCGGGUCGGGGCCGGGGCCCCCGUCUACCUGGCCGCCGUGCUGGAGUACCUGUCGGCUGAGAUCCUGGAGCUGGCGGGGAACGCGGCCCGGGACAACAAGAAGACCCGCAUCAUCCCCCGCCACCUGCAGCUGGCCAUCCGCAACGACGAGGAGCUCAACAAGCUGCUGGGAGGGGUGACCAUCGCCCAGGGAGGGGUCCUGCCCAACAUCCAGGCCGUACUGCUGCCCAAGAAGACCCAGACCUCCAAGAAAUGAGCCCCCCUGCCCAGGGGGGCAUCCAUUGGGGCCAGGGGGGGUCCUGUGCCCACCCUAUUCCAGCAUCACAGGGGUUAAUUAGCUUUUAUGCAGGAACAGGGUGCUAUGGCUCUGUACCCCAUUCCUGUAUCCAUUUAUACAGCAUUGUGUGCAGGAACAGGGUGCUAGGGCUCCGUACCCCAUUCCUGUAUCCAUUUAUACAGCAUUGUGUGCAGGAACAGGGUGCUAGGGCUCCGUACCCCGUUCCUGUAUCCAUUUAUACAGCAUUGUGUGCAGGAACAGGGUGCUAGGGCUCCGUACCCCGUUCCUGUAUCCAUUUAUACAGCAUUGUGUGCAGGAAAAGGGUGCUAGGGCUCCGUACCCCGUUCCUGUGUCCAUUUAUACAGCAUUGUGUGCAGGAACAGGGUGCUAGGGCUCCGUACCCCAUUCCUGUACAUUCCUAUAUCCAUUUAUACAGCACUGUAUGCAGGAACAGGGUGCUAGGGCUCCGUACCCCAUUCCUGUAUCUAUUUAUACAGCAUUGUAUGCAGGAACAGGGUGCUAGGGCUCCGUACCCCAUUCCUGUAUCCAUUUAUACAGCACUGUAUGCAGGAACAGGGUGCUAGGGCUCCGUACCCCAUUCCUGUAUCCAUUUAUACAGCAUUGUGUGCAGGAACAGGGUGCUAGGGCUCCGUACCCCAUUCCUCUAUCCAUUUAUACAGCAUUGUGUGCAGGAACAGGGUACUAGGGCUCCGUACCCCAUUCCUGUAUCCAUUUAUACAGCAUUUUAUGCAGGAACAGGGUGCUACGGCUCUGUACCCCAUUCCUGUAUCCAUUUAUACAGCAUUGUAUGCAGAAACGGGGUGCUAGGGCUCUACCCCGAUUCCUGUAUCCACUUAUCCAGCAUUGUAUGCAGGAACAGGGUGCUAGGGCUCUAUACCCCAUUCCUGUAUCCAUUUAUACAGCAUUGUAUGCAGAAAUGGGGUGCUAGGGCUCUACCCCGAUUCCUGUAUCCACUUAUCCAGCAUUGUAUGCAGGAACAGGGUGCUAGGGCUCUAUACCCCAUUCCUGUAUCCAUUUUUACAGCAUUGUAUGCAGGAACAGGGUGCUAGGACGCUGUAUCCAGAUUUCUAUAUCCAUUUAUAAAGCAUUUUAUGCAGGAACAGGGUGUUAGGGCUUUGUACCCUGAUUCCUGUAUCCAUUUAUACAGCAUUGUAUGCAGGAACAGGGUGCUAGUACCCAGAUUUCUAUAUCCAUGUAUACAAUAUUUUUAUGCAGGGUACAGGCUAUACAGAGGGUUCUGCAACCCAUUGUUUCCAAGUCUUGUGCCCCCAAGGCCAACCCUCCAGACUUUAAGGAUAUCCACACUUCAGCGCACAUGGUUAGAUCAGAUUCACUGAGGUACUGAUUAAGUCACCUGUGCUGAAGCAGGUGAUAACCUUAAAACGUGGCCUGCUAGGCGUUGAGAACCAUGUUUAUGGAACGCAAGUUUUGCAAAGUCCACCGAGCCAUUGAUUCCUGUAUCACAGAUUAAAACCCUAUUUUUUACGGAGCGUUGAGUUAUGAGCUCCCACAUUCUGUAACUCAUGGGUUAAUAAUCCCUUCAUGGAGCGGGGUGCAAGUCUGCCCAAUGGUGCGCCUUCAUGGUAAGGGUUAACUUACUUUUUCUUGUUGUUGCCGAAAUGGGGUGUUCAUCGCUAUAGGUGUGAUUUCAUUUUCAGGCAGUGACCGUGACUUGCAGUGCACGCAGCAGCACAUCGUGCCGCUCCGGAAUUGCUUACUUUUGUUCACAAUCCCACAGGAGUGUGUAUGAAAAUAUGUAAUCUCUGGGCUGCAGCAAUGUGCUGUGCUGCCCAUUCCAGUAUUCUAAAGGGUUAAUUUUGUGUGUGUGGGGGGGGGGGGGGGGAGGUCCUGUUCAAAUCAAGGGCUUUAUUUCGCAACACUGUAGAGGUUGCUUUGAAUAUUUUCGGACGAUUUCGACACAAUGUUUUUUGUUUUUUUUUUCCUCCAGUAUUUUUCCCGUUACCCAAGAAAAAGGGACAGAGUUACGUUAACCACUGUCCCCGGCGAGGACCCCGCAGGCAGUUUUUUUGUGCCUCUGCGCAUGCCCCAUCCCUAUAUAUAUCA